CUCCUCCGUAGGUGCUUUGCCGCCUGCUUCUCCGCAGUCAUGGAGAGCAUGAGGGGCAUCUUACACAAGACGAGUGUCCAGGAAGCCCAAGAGCGGCAGGCAGCAGCUUUCGGACCGCCGUCGGUGGCUGGGCAGAAGAGGGACUGGUCAACCAGCCUCGACGAUGCAGACACGAGAGCCUCGCCAUUUGCAUCUGCAUCUGGCUCUGGUUUCGCUCCCGCUUCAGCUUCCCAAGGCUCCGUCCGCUUCCAAAAGGCUCUCUAUCUUCCCCAGACUCCAGCUAGACUUUCUGCCAGCAAGAUUGUCACGUUCAAUGCAUCCGAAGAUCCUUCCGAAUAUACUCAGCGGCGUGUAUAUGCCGCCACGCCGUCCUCUUCCAUAGAUCCCGAGCUCAAUCUUGCUCAUCCAGUAUAUAAUCUGCCGCCGCAACUUGUCCAUAACUUUGCUUCCCUUGGCAUCAAGCAAAUAUACCCAUGGCAGAAGAGCUGCCUCAAGGGACCCGGCUUGCUUACAGGUGCUAAGAACUUGGUUUAUUGUGCUCCCACCGGUGGGGGAAAGUCGCUAGUUGCUGAUUUGCUCAUGCUUAAGAGGAUCAUCGAAGAACCCGAGUCCAAAGCACUCCUUAUCCUCCCCUAUGUUGCUCUUGUGCAAGAAAAAGUUCGCUGGCUUCGUACCGUCGUCCAGGGUCUCGCCCCCAAUAUUGAUCCUGAAGCGCUGGAGAAGCAAAAGGCCAACAGCAUCUGGCGGCUUCGUCCAGACCACGAUUCUCUCAAGGUUGUCGGCUUCUUUGGUGGCGGCAAGAUCAGGUCCACUUGGCAGGACUUUGAUAUCGGCAUAUGCACUCUAGAAAAGCUACGAGCCGUAGUCCUCGAUGAGCUUCACAUGAUUGAUGACGACCACCGUGGAUACCUUCUAGAGCUGAUCGCGACCAAACUUCUGAGCUUGGAGCAGCCCAUUCAAAUUGUUGGCAUGAGCGCCACUCUACCCAAUGCGAAUCUGGUAGCUCAGUGGCUCAACGCACAUUCUUAUGAAACGAGAUAUAGGCCAAUACCGAUCGAAGAACACUUGGUUUGCGAAGGAAAAGUCUACCAUAUCGGCACCAACGGCGCUACGGCACAAAAACAGGUAAAAGUCGAUGAGAUAUCAAAAGGUCAGGUUGAGCCUACCAGGCAAAUUGGAGCAUCUGACCACAAAGAAUUCCGCGACCCGGUCCUGAAUGCCGUGGUAUCUCUGGCCUACGAGACCGCCAUGAUGGGCUACGGCUCGUUGAUUUUUGCCGGUAGCCGAAGCAUCUGCGAGUCCGAUGCACGUCUAAUCAGUCAAGUGAUGCCUCAGCCGCAUGAGCUAGACAGCGUAACCAUGGACAAGCGGAUGGAUCUCCUCAGCGAGCUGCGCAGUCUCAGUACAGGGGCUGAUCCUGUAUUGGAGGAAACCGUCCUGUCCGGCGUCGCAUUCCAUCGUACCGAGGAGAGAGAUCUCAUUGCCGAGGCGCCUGCUCGAAGGGUGAUCUUGCAUAAUGCAAGGAUGGGUCGCGAGUAUGUCGGCCCUUCCAUGCUACGGCAGAUGAGAGGCCGCGCCGGGAGGCAAGGCAAAUCACCCGUGGGCGAAACAUAUCUGUGCUGUCGCCAAGACGACCUGGAGCAGGUCUUAGAUCUCAUGUAUGCGGAUAUCCCGGAGAUUGCCAGCUGUCUCAACACCGAAAACAAGCGGGUGCAACGGGCCAUUCUGGAGGUGAUUUCCGUUCGCUUGGCGAAUAGCCACGACUCCCUUAUGGACUACUUUUCGAAAUCCCUCAUCAGCUAUACCCACGAUCAAGAGUUUGUGGAAAGCUGUCUCAAGUCGGGGCUGGAGGAGAUACACGACCUGGGCUUAAUUGUGAACGACUCUUAUUCGAGUUUCACGGCUACGCAGCUAGGCAGAGCCAUAGUUGCCUCUUCUGUUGACCCCUAUGAUGGAGUCUUCAUACACGCCGAGCUUACAAAGACGCUCAAGGCGUUUGUGAUGGAUGGCGAGAUGCACAUUCUCUACGUCUUCACGCCGGUUCAGGAUUUCGGCAUAACCGUUAACUGGCAAGUAUUUCGCAACGAGAUGGACGCUUUGGAUGAAAGCGGGCUUCGAGUCCUUCGUUUCCUGGGGAUCAAACCGACAGAAGUGCUGAAACUCGCCCGGGGCGUUCCUCUUAAGGAGACUUCGCCUGAGGAGAAGGAGUUGGCGCGCGUGUAUCGUCGGUUCUAUCUUGCCCUCCAGCUACGAGAUCUGUGCAAUGAGAUGCCCAUACAUGUGGUCGCUCGAAAGUACGACUCGCCUCGGGGCUCUGUUCAGACGCUUGCACAGACCUGUCAGGGCUUUGCGGCCGGCAUGAUCAAAUUUUGCGAGCACAUGGGAUGGGGCGUCAUGGCUGCUGCGCUGGAGCACUUUUCAGACAGGCUCAUGGCCGGCGCGAGGACGGAUCUCCUGGCCCUUGCCAAGAUUCCCUUCAUCAAGAGCCGAACAGCUCGCGUCUUCUGGGAAAACGGAUACCGCACCGUCGGCGCCAUUGCAAAUGCCGACCCCAAGGAAUUGGCCCUCGUCCUGAUGCAGGCUCAGCCAAAUAAGCUGCGAAUCAAGGGGAAGGCCGAUGAGAGAUUUGAAGAGAAGCUGCUUGCCAAGGCGAAUGUCAUUUCAGCUUCUGCGAACCGAUUAUGGCAGGUCCAACUACAGGCGGAAAUGGCCGAAGAAUAG